UUUACGUUUCAUUUAUGACACCAUUGAUACAGUAGAUAGACUACGCAAGGAACUUGAGAAAGUCAAGAUGGAAGCAUUAGAGAACGCCAUGUAUCCGACCAUUAGAUCAGGACUGGCGAAGUUUGAUGUCAGUUUACCCGAGGAACUCCAGAACUAUGUCAGCUACUUAUUAAAUGAGUCAGCCAAACUUCACUUCCGCAAGCAAGUACUCCAAUCACCUCGUACCUUAGAGGAAUUACGAGAAGCAAUGGAUAAAGACGAAUUGAAAACAUUCCUUACUAUUCACAUCAGGGAAGGUGCAUGGCAAGUGGUGCUGCUGUUUACGGAUGAGCUACCCAGAGGUAAACUACCAUGGGACUGGUGUGGUAUAAUUCUUAACGAGGACGAGGAGGAGGAGGAGGAGGAGGAGGAGGACGAGGACGAGGAGGUAUCUAAUGAAGUGAUAUACAGUUCGAGGUCAGGCAUAUUGAAUAGGUGGCCAACAGAGUACGACCCUGAUUUGAUAACACUGUGUAAAGCGAUCACCAACAGGGACUGGAAAGUAACCAGAUUAAUUCUCCCAAGGAGUCGGAUAUCUGAUGAAGGUUUGAAGAACUUGAGUACAGCGCUUCCUCAUAGUGAACUUUACAGCCUGACACUGCAUAACAUUGAUUUACAAAGUCAAGGAUUAGAACACCUGUGUAACGCGCUAACCAGCGUUAACUGCAGAUUAACAAACUUAAACGUCAGUGACAAUGGGUUAGGAGACGAAGAAACCGUGCUCUUGAGUAACGCGCUAACCAGCGUUAACUGCAGAUUAACAAACUUAAACGUCAGUGACAAUGGGUUAGGAGACGAAGGAAUCGUGCUCUUGAGUAACGCGCUAACCAGCGUUAACUGCAGAUUAACAAACUUAAACGUCAGUGACAAUGGGUUUGGAGACGAAGGAAUCGUGCUCUUGAGUAACGCGCUAACCAGCGUUAACUGCAGAUUAACAAGCUUAAACGUCAGUAAAAAUCAGUUUGGAGACAACGGAUUGAAACACUUGUGUGAUGCACUUACCAGCAGUAACUGUGUGUUAACCAAAUUGAAAAUCGGUUUUAUUAGAUUAGGAGAUGGAGGAAUCAAAGAAUUGUCUGGAGCUUUAACCAACGGAUUCUGUACAUUAACAAGUUUAGACAUAAGCAACAAUGAAUUUGGAGAUGAAGGAAUCAAGCACCUGUGUAAGGCCUUGACUGAUACCAACUGCAAACUACGGAGCUUAGACUACCACGGAAAUCGGAAUGUAACUGAUAAAGGCAGAAAAUAUUUGUCUCAAAUGUUAACUGGUACUGAUUGGGAAGUUAGAGGAGCACAACUUUCCCGUUAA